GUGAUACAGUGUGGAACAUUCGUGAUUUAUACUUCUUAUUAUUUUAGCAAAUACUUAUUGCAAUGUCCGGUGGUAAAGUUGUGUGUUACUAUGGCAGCUGGGCAACAUAUAGAGAAGGUAGAGGUCAUUUUGACGUAGAUUUCAUCAAUCCUCAUCUCUGCACCCAUUUAAUUUACUCAUUUGUUGGUUUAAACCGGGAUGGUACUAUAAAGAUUAUUGAUGAAUGGAACGAUAUAAACUUAGGCGCGAUCGCAAAAUUCAACAAUCUCAAGUCUCGUAAUCCAGAGUUGAAGACUUUGGUCGCAAUCGGCGGAUGGAACGAAGGAUCAGAGGUAUUCAGCUACGUCGCAUCCAACGAACAUAUGACUGAAAAAUUCGUAAAUAACGCAAUUGCAUUUAUGGAGAAGUACGGUUUUGAUGGCUUCGAUUUGGACUGGGAAUACCCGGUGAGGAGAGGUGGAACUUCCAGAGAUAAGGAGAACUUUUCUAAGCUCUUGAAGAUCUUCAGGAUAAACUUCGAUAGAACUGGAAGGAAAUACUUGUUGACUGCAGCAGUUUCGGCCACUGCUGGGCCUGCUCUAAAUAAAUAUUUGGAUUUUAUUAACGUGAUGGCGUACGACUUUCACGGAUCAUAUGAAAAAUUUACCGGUCAGAACGCUCCACUAUACCCAUCCCACAUGGAUGGUGUCAACAAGGAAAAUUGCGUCGUACACUUCUGCCAUUUUAAAAUCAUUUUGGGUGUAGGUGCUUAUGGGAAAACAUACACGCUGUCAAAUGAGUACAAUAAUGGUGUAGGUACUGCUGUCAAAGAAGAUGGAUGUCCUGGCAUUUUCACAAAGUCUCCAGGAACGUUGGGAUACUACGAAAUCUUGGACAGAAUUGAAGAAGGCAAUUGGACGCAGUUUUGGGACCAAGAGCAAAUGGUGCCAUACUUGCACAAACACAAUCAAUGGAUCGGCUAUGACAAUUGCAAAUCUAUUAAAUUGAAGGUGGAAUACGCAAUGAGCAAGUCAUUAGGUGGGAUAAUGGUCUGGUCCAUAGACACUGACGAUUUCCGAGGUUUUCAUGGACAAAGCUAUCCCAUUUUGAAGCAGAUUAAUGCAACCUUACAUAGAGCUACUUGAACCGAGAUCACUUUCAA